AUGAAGUAUCAAACGGAAUAUCAACGAAAUUUUCAAAGACGAACACCACUACCAGUCGAUGACUACACAAAACAAGAACGAAAACUAGUUGAUGUUCCACCUAAACGUUCAUCGUCAUUAUCACCAGCUCGUCGUCGUGCCAAUUCCUCGCCGAGUCGAAAUAAUCAUUUAGCAGUUAUUGGUCCGAAUGACAAAUUUUCUCAUUCAUAUCUCUACCGAAUGCGACAACCCGUUCAAGACAAUGCUCGAGUGACUAAACCACGCGAAUAUGCACUUCUUGGAAGAAAUGAAAAAUUUCAAGAUAAUGCAGUUUAUCCAUUGAGAAAACCUGUUGCGGAGAAAUCACCUCGUAUUCCAGUAGAUCGACAUAAAAGUGCAAAUCAUACAUGUGGCAGUCAAACUGAUUUAAAACAAGCGCCGUUUGUCUCAUUUGAUCCGCAGUAUGGACGUGAAUCAGUUCCUGUUCGAAAUCGCAUUGGUGCACAAAGUGAAUAUCAGCAACAGUAUCUCUGGAGACAACCACUAGGAGAUUUGAUUAGUGAUCAAAUGCUCGUAGAAGAUGCCAAAGUGCGUGAUCGUCGGUCUGAUCCCGUGCUGCCACUGACUGUUAUUGAUCCAUCGGAGAAGAUUCUGAUAGAGAAAACUUCUGUUCCUGCUAAUCCAUCGCCACCUCCACGUGUUAAUUUUGAAAUUGAUCGAGCUCGCCAACAGCUAAACAAUCGUCCUAUUCCUUCCGGUCCAGCUCCUGCAAGUCAAGCCAAUAAAAUCCCCAUAAGUGAAUAUCAAGCUCGUUAUAAACUCAUCAAUGCGGAAAAGAAACCACGUACUCGUAAAGCUUUCGAAGCGGAGCAAGCUGAGGAAAGGAAACGAAAAGAAAUCACUCAAGCCGAACGUGCGCACACAGAUGAUGAAGGUGCGGGUGGUGAUGUUCAAUUCGGAAAAGAAUUUCGACAGAAACAUCCGCAUGGAAGUUUAAGACGUUGGAAAUCAGAAUAUCAAGCGACAUACAAACCUUUCUGGCGAUUCGAUUAUAAGAAUGGCAAAUGGUACAAAGAUGCUGAAACGGAAGAAACAGGAUUUAAUCCGAAUCUAUUUUGGUACAAAGAGUUGAAAUCCAGUCGAAAACGGGCUGAUGAAUACCGUACCAAUGCGGAAACCGAUCAUUUCAAUCGUAAUCAUACCCUUCAAUUGCAAACAGGUCAGGGUGGAAAUAAGAACUAUUUGGCCUGGGAUGCUAACAAUGAUGAUGAUGCUGACAGUGUGAUUUCUAUCGAUCGCGAUUUAGAACGUGAGCGUCAACGCGACCAAGAAGCGAAACGAAGAGUUGAUGAACAAAUUCAAUCGAAAAUUCAUUAUCAACAGAGUCAAAGCGAAAAACCUAUUGAAACAAAGCCUAGCCAAGUGGCUCAAACCGAUCAUCAAGUCGAUCGAGUUGUUUACAUCGAUGACCCAAUACCAAAAGCACCAAGCCUUGCAACGAAAGCUUUUGUUCGUAACCUAAAUUCCUCCUCUGUUCAACAACAUAUGUUAUGGGAUUCCGAAAGUUUAUAUAGUCAACGUACUGAUUCGGAUCUAGAGUUCAAGUCCAAUACAGCUCGCGAACUGCAUCGAAAGCAUUAUAUGAAUGAUGAUUCGAAUAUGAUUCGAAAAGCGUCUUCAUCAAAAGCGCAAGAAAAUCGGAGUACAAAUACUCACCCAUCAUUGACUGAUGAUUAUUUAAGCUCUCAGACAAAUGAACGAGCUGCUCAGGAGGAGAGAUACAUUCGUCCCUCGACCAGUUCUCAAGAACAUCGCCAUGCAGCUGGUCAAUCAAGUUACGAUACACAUAUCUUGGACAGACGCCCACCAUCUCGACCACAUACCAGCGUGAACAACUAUCGUUCAUACAAAUCCGAAGCGGCUGAUUAUAAUAAUAAUGAUACUUAUAAUCAUGAUUCGACACCUCAAUCCAACUGUUCCUUUCAAAAUCAUUUGAAUCGCAUGGAUGAACGUUUCGGACAAACUUAUAAUGCACGUACCAAAGACGACGACGUUCUUUCGGUUCAUUCGGCACGUUCAUUAUCAUCAAGCUGUAGUUUAGCAUCUCAAACUCUAGAGCGUGCGCAACAAAAUAUGAAUAAAUACUGGGGUGGACAUUCAUCCGCGUCUGUUGACCUCUCUAAGAAACCUUGA